AUGGCUAAAACCACCUUUCUUGGAACAGUGACGAUGGAGUCACAAGGACAAGAUAAAAUAUGCACUGACUAUAUUGAUGAAUCAGGAGGAACGUGUGAACGUAAACAAUGUGCUGCUGAGUGUACUGCCAAGUGGAAUGGAGUUGGCACGUGUUUUGACGCCUAUAGCAACACGUGCAUCUGCAAAUUCAAAUGUAAAACUUAA